UUCACUCGCGCAUCAACAUGGCGACGUGUAGAACGAUGGAGCGCAGCAGGAGAAACAUUUGUGCCCUUUCUGCGUUGGUUUUCCUCUACAUGUUAGCCGGCAGCUGCCUGUCAGCUCCCAUUUCAGUGGCAGCACCAACAGAAGGAGCAGGUAUGUCUCAAAAUGUGACCGGUGAGGACAAGGACACAAAUAAUUCACCACCCAAACUGAGUGCAGCAAAUUCAACAGACCCCAAGAACUCUGGAACAACUGCAAUUGCAGCUCCUGAAAACAACAGCGUGAGUCCUACUGAAACAAAACUGGCUAAAGAUGUGGAGGACAACGACGUGCAACUCAUAGGCGAGUCUGAUCAGAUCCCCUCCGUCAUCGCUUCCUCUGCAGAUGAAGAUAAAGAUAAAGAGAAAGAUGAAGAGAAAGAGAAAGAUGAAGAUGAAGAGAAAGAGAAAGAGAAAGAGAAAGAGAAAGAGAAAGAGAAAAUAAUGGUCAGCAGUCAAGACCCCAAAACUGUUACGGAGAAGGAAGACAAUACCGCUCAACCAGAUAAACCUGCAGUUGAGGACAACAUUAGACUUUCUACUCCCGCAGUUAUUACCUCCACCACCACCACAACAGAACCCACUGACACGACACCUUUAUCAGAAGAGACACAGGCAGUUAAGACUGAUUCAGACCUGGAGUCUGAACCACUCCCUGAUUUACAGGAUUAUCCAGAUGAGGACGUCAAAGACGACGACGAGGAGGACGACGACGGCGCUUAUGGGGAGAGCGACGACGCGGACAACUUUACCGACAACGUCAGUAUUGACAACGAGUAUAACGGUGAAGUUAAUGACUUCAAAGUUCAGAAUCUGAACACAAACCGGAAUACGGGCAAGAUGGAGGUGCCCAUUUACAAGGGAGCGGACGUCUACAACACCGAGGAGGAAGAUUCCCACUUCUUCAUUCAUCUAGUCAUCCUGGUCUUCCUGGUCGCCAUUAUCUACAUCACUUAUCACAACAAGAGAAGGAUCAUCCUCCUGGUUCAGAAUCAGCGCUGGAAGGACAGCCUGUGUUCCCGCAACACAGUCGAGUAUCACCGCCUGGACCAGAACGUCAACGAAGCCAUGCCGUCCCUCAAGAUCACCCGCGACUACAUCUUUUGAUCCACAGUCAGAAAAGCAGUGAGCAGACCUUCUCGGAGCCAGUUGGUUUUUUCUUCCUGACCAGUUGCAUUCAUGUCGUGAAUUGAUGCUGAAAAGGUGUCGUCUUUGGGUUCUUUGCUCUUCAAUCUGUCAUCUCUAUUUGUUAUAUUUUAUCUUAAAUACUCAAUUUGUUUGUUUUGUAAAUUAAUUUUCUCUUGGGAUUUUAUAUUUUGAAUCAUUAGGGGGUCUUGUAUAUGUAUGUAUAUAUAUA